AUGUCGUCGGUGAGUGAGAGUUGCCAUCCGGAGGUUCUUUGGGCUCAACGUUCUGAUAAAGUGUUCCUGACCAUUGCUUUACCUGAUGCAAAAAAUGUAUCCGUGAAAUGUGAGCCUGAGGGGUUAUUUAGUUUCUCUGCUGUGGGUGUGCAAGGUGAAUCCUUUGACUUCAGUUUGGAACUUUAUGGUAAAAUUGUACCCGAGGGCUGCAAAACUAACAUUGGGUUAAGGAACAUACCAUGCUCAAUUCAAAAAGAGCAGAAGGGUUGGUGGAAAAGAAUAUUGAAGUCUGAAGAAAAACCUGCUCCGUACCUUAAAGUUGAUUGGAACAAAUGGUGUGAUGAGGAUGAAGAGUCGAGCAGUUGUAAGUUUAUAUAGUGUCUUAUUGGUGUU